GGGUGGAAAAUGGGGGACCUGGGAUCAGAUGUUUUCACAGCCGCUGGGAAGGCAGCCCAGUCUACCAGGAGCCUUUGGUUUCUUCGUCGGCAAAACCAGGAGUUAAAACCGCAUUUGCCAUCGAGAUUGUAGGGGCGCACGCACUCAACUGUAUGUGUAUUUAAAUCGGCAAUGUCACUGUUUAUUAUUUUCUUUUUUCUUUUGUACUGGAAAUCGGACCCACGACCUCGCAUCUGCCUGGCGGGCGCUUACACAGCUGAGCUAAAUCUUCAGCUGGUUGUUUUUUUGAGAUAGGCUCUUGCUGUGUAGCCCAGACUGACCCUGAACUCGCGGGGAUCCUCAAGCCUCAGCCUCGCGAGUGUGGGAUUACAGGCGCGCGUCACCACGCCUGACGCAAUGCUGUUGUGAACCUCGAUCGUCACGCCUUCCUUUGAGGCCCCUCUGUAGCCACCUCAGGGACUGGGGGUGAGGUGCCCUCUAGCCAGCGGGUCUGCACGCCCCCUGGUGGGUCGCGGGCGGCAGGAGCUUCUGACGCCUGGAAGGGCGUAGGAGCAGCUCGGGGUGGGACAGAUGCAUGCUGGCGAGGCCUGAGCGACCGUUGCCUAGCUCCACUGGUCCACCUCCGUGUGCGCUGCCCUACUCUGGGAGGGAGAGAACUCCGAGUCGUCCGCACCUAGAUGCCUUCGGGAAUCUCCCACUCCUGAGUCCACGCACAGAUCCCGGCUUCGAUCGCGAGGCAGUUAAAUGUCUCCCACUUGCAGGGCGAGGACGUGAAGGCGCCUGCCUGCGCGGCAGGGCGGGCGACGCCUCGGAAGGACAGUAAACACCUCUCAAACUCCAAAGAGCCGCGGAGCCCAGAGGGCCACCCGCGGAAGAGCCUGUCCUGUGGCGGGGGCAGAGUGACCCCUAGCGACGGCGCGGGCACCCGGCCGUGCCCCGACCCAAGAUGGCGCGGCUGGAGUUGCAGACCUUCCAGGUUCCGCCCCAUUGCACCAGUCUCCAGGACCUGAGCAGCGGCCUUGCCAUAGCCCAAGUGUUGAACCAAAUAGACCCUUCCUGGUUUAACGAAGCUUGGCUCCAGGGCAUCUCAGAAGAUCCAGGUCCCGACUGGAAGCUGAAGGUUGGCAAUUUGGAGAAGAUCCUGCAGAGCUUGCUGGAGUACUUGCAGGACGUUCUGGGCCAUCCUCUGUCAGAACAGCACCUCCCGAAUGUGAGCCUGCUCGGCCAGUUCUCAGACCCCUCAGAGCUCGGCAAGCUGCUACAGUUGGUGCUGGGCUGUGCGAUCAGUUGCGAGAAAAAGCAGGAGCAUAUCGAGAGGAUCAUGACGCUGGAGGAGUCAGUUCAGCAUGUAGUGAUGGAAGCCAUCCAAGAGCUCAUGACCAAAGACACCCCUGACUCCCUGUCAACAGAGACAUAUGGCAACUUUGACACACAGUCUCGCAGGUACUACUUCCUGAGUGAGGAGGCCGAGGCGGGGGACGAGCUGCAGCAGCACUGUCUGGACCUGGAGCGGCAGUUGGUGCUCCUGUCUGAGGAGAAGCAAAGCCUGGCACAGGAGAAUGCGGCGCUGCGGGAACGAGCUGGCCGGCCCGAGGUGGAAGGCACCCCAGGCCUCACAGCCAAGAAGCUGCUGUUGCUGCAGUCCCAGUUGGAACAGCUGCAGGAGGAGAACUUCAGGUUGGAGAACAGCCGGGAGGAUGAGCGGCUGCGCUGCACAGAGCUGGAGCGCGAGGUGGUUGAGCUGCAGCAACGGAACCAGGCACUGACCAGCCUGGCCCAGGAGGCACAGGCCUUGAAGGAUGAGAUGGAUGAGCUGCGACAGUCCUCCGAGCGCGCAGGGCAGCUGGAAGCGACCCUGAACAGCUGUCGGCGCCGCCUGGGGGAGCUGAGGGAGUUGCGGCGACAGGUGCGGCAGCUGGAGGAGCGCAACGCCGGGCACGCAGAGCGCACGCAACAGCUGGAGGACGAGCUGCGCAGGGCCGGCUCUCUGCGAGUCCAGCUGGAGGCGCAGCGGAGGCAGGUUCAGGAACUGCAGAGCCAACGGCAAGAGGAGGCCAUGAAGGCCGAGAAAUGGCUGUUUGAGUGCCGCAACCUGGAGGAAAAGUACGAGUCGGUGACAAAGGAGAAGGAGCGGCUGCUGGCCGAGCGGGAUUCUCUGCGGGAGGCCAAUGAAGAGCUGCGCUGCGCCCAGCUGCAGCCGCGCGGGCUGACUCAGGCGGACCCCUCACCGGAUGCCACCCCGCCGGGCCUGGAAAACUUAGCCGCGGAGAUCCUCCCUGCAGAGCUCAGGGAGACGCUCCUGCGGCUCCAGCUGGAGAACAAGCGGCUGUGCCAGCAGGAGGCGGCAGACCGAGAGCGACAGGCAGAGCUGCAGCGCCACCUGGAGGAGUCCAACCGCGCGCGCCACGCGCUCGAGACGGAGCAGAGGCUGAACCAGCAGCAGCUGUCGGAGCUGCGAGCCCAGGUGGAGGACCUGCAGAGGGCCGCGCAGGAGCAGGGAGGCCAGAGCGAGGACCCCGCCCUGCUGAAGAAGAAGCUGGAGGAGCAUCUGCAGAAGCUGCGUGAGGCGGACCUGGAGCUACAGCGAAAGCGGGAGUACAUCGAGGGGCUGGAGCCCGCCUCGGACAGCAGCACGGCACGGCGCAUCGAAGAGCUGCAGGAGAGCCUGCAGAAGAAGGACGCAGACCUACGGGCCAUGGAGGAGCGCUACCGCCGCUACGUGGACCGGGCACGCACGGUCAUACAGACCCUGGAGCCCAAGCAGCAGCCACCUAUAGGGGCACCCCCGGAACUCCAUGCUCUGAGGACGCAGCUCCGGGAGCAGGACGUCCGCAUCCGACACCUGGAAAUGGACUAUGAGACCAGCCGCAGUCAGCGGGAACAGGAGGAGAAGCUGCUCAUCAGUGCCUGGUAUAAUAUGGGUGUGGCCCUGCAGCAGCGAGCUGGUGACACUCGGCCCCCUGCACAUGCCCAGUCCUUCCUGGCACAGCAGCGGCUGGCCACUAAUACCCGCCGCAGACCCCUGGGACGCCUGGCCUCUCUGAACCUUCGCCCCACUGAGAAGCGCUGACCUCCUUGGCCCUGCUGCCCUCUGCCCACCCAGCAGGACGAAGCUUCAGGCCUCAGCCAGCGGGGUGGCAGGCUUGUAGCUGUGAUCCCUGCUCUUUGCUCCCCCAGACUGGGGACCCAGGAAGGGCAAGUCGCAGAGAGAGACCUGCUGGGUUUUUUUUAAGCAAUGUGAUUCUUCUCCUUGAUUCUGUUCCUGGAGAUAAUGUGCCGUCUACUCAGAGUCUGAUUUUAUAUUUGAGAAAUGAAUAAUACAGAUUUUAAAUCUA